GGCCCACGGGCAGACGGAAGUGCUCUGUGUUGUUGCCGGAAGUGGCGAGAGAAAGUUUGUGAUGGCUGCUGCGAUUUUAGCCGAGAAGGUGCCAGUGGACAGCUCGGAGGAGGGGGAGCAGCCCCCGGCGGCGCCCGCGGAGCUGGCCGCCCAGAAGCGCGAACAGAGGCUGCGCAAAUUCCGGGAGCUGCACCUGAAGCGGAAUGAAGCUCGUAAAUUAAAUCACCAGGAAGUUGUUGAAGAAGAUAAAAGACUUAAGUUACCUGCUAACUGGGAAGCCAGGAAAGCUCGUCUGGAGUGGGAGCUGCAGGAAGAAGAAAAGAAGAAGGAGUGUGCGGCGAGAGGGGAGGACUAUGAGAAAGUGAAGCUGCUGGAGAUCAGUGCAGAAGAUGCAGAAAGAUGGGAAAGGAAGAAGAGGAGGAAAAACCCUGAUCUGGGAUUCUCAGAUUAUGCUGCUGCCCAGUUACGCCAGUAUCAUCGGCUGACGAAGCAGAUCAAGCCUGACAUGGAAACCUAUGAGAGACUGAGAGAAAAACAUGGAGAAGAGUUUUUCCCAACUUCCAACAGUCUUCUUCAUGGAACACAUGUGCCUUCCACAGAGGAGGUUGAUAGGAUGGUCAUAGAUCUGGAAAAACAAAUUGAAAAACGAGACAAGUACAGCCGGAGACGUCCUUAUAAUGAUGAUGCAGACAUUGACUACAUUAACGAAAGGAAUGCCAAAUUCAACAAGAAGGCAGAAAGAUUCUAUGGGAAAUAUACAGCUGAAAUUAAACAGAAUUUGGAGAGAGGAACAGCGGUCUGAUCCCUUCAGGAACUGUUUCUGGAAGCUUGAGAAUGCUAGGAAAUUGAAGUUCUCUUCAAAGUUAUCCCAGGAAACCAGCACUCAGUCUACUAUGCUUGCCCACUCAGCAUUUACAAAUAAAUGCUUCUUCUUAAACAUAUGCUUCCAUGUAUAUUACCACAUUUCUGUGCUUUGAUGUAAGAUGUAUUUUAAGAGGCAGCGUACUUGUUUUGUAAAAAAUCUACUUUGUACAAAUACUAAUUAUUUUUCUAUGUAUUUUAAA